AUGGCACUAGGUAAACGCACAAAUGAGGCUAUCGGUGACGAUACAGAAAAACCGAAAAAAAAGACAACAUUAUCAACCUCAACAGCAACAACAACAGCAACAACUCGCAAAUUGCCACCAUUAGCAAGCUUGCAAUCGGUAUAUCGAAGCGAUUAUCAACCGUUUACAACUUUUCUACCUUAUGAACCGGCUUUCAGAGAUAAUCACAAUCACACUAGUCAAGCUUCAAACCUGGAUAUUUCAACUUCAAAGGACGCUGCAGAAUUGAAAAACAAGUCAAAGCUAAAGCAUAAACAGAAACAAAAGCACAACAAACACAAUUUGGAGCAUCAACAUCAACAUGAACAUGAACUAGACCUAAAUCUUGAUUUGGACUUGGAGCGUGAGGAUAAACUAACACAGCUUGCUUCUGGAAACAUCAAAGAAACGUCACCGCCUCUACCUCCGUCUCCACCUUCUUUAGAAUCGUCAAUCAAUAAGUUUAAAGCAUCACCACCGUCCACAGCAGCAACAUCAACAACAUCAACAACAACAAUGCCAACAACAUCUGCAUCUGCAACAACAGCAGCAGCACUAGCUGCUGCCGCUGCUGCGGCGGCGGCGGCGGCGGCAACAGCAAGUAACAAAACUUCCACGUCUCAAGUGAAAAGAGCUAUUUCUGCUGUGAAUAAAAAAAUCAAGCCAUACACAUGUACAUUCCCAAAUUGCGAAUGGUCGUUUGCUAGACAAUCAGACUUAACACGCCAUGUCAAAUCACAUGCUGCCCCACAAUACCAUUGUCCCUACUGGAAAAACGACCCUACUUGUCACAAGAAUUUCGGUGCUUUUAAUAGGUUAGACGUUUUGAAAAGACAUUUAAAAUUGGUCCAUUACGUUAAAGACAAACAACCAUCAAUUGAUGGUAGAGACCCACUGCUUGACAGUAACAGCAACAGGGGGGGGAUCAAUAAAUCAUUAGAAGACCCCGGUUGGUGCAGAGCUUGUCAACGUAUGUUCCCCAACUCCAAAGCGUUUGUAGAACAUUGUCAUGAUUGCGCCCAGAAUACAACUCCAGCAGAGUGGAUAGAUAAUAAACGCAUUUUUGCCAAUUCCGUUGAAGAAGGAAACGCCCAACACCAUCAGAAUACAUUUAGAGUUAUAUUGAAUCCGAAAAUUGAGCUGCAAAAAUCACAAAAGACACAAAGAUCACAAAGAUCACCAAACAGAGUACUAGCCAAAGCAGAGUAG